AGAGAAAAUAAGAAAGGGGGAAAAUCUUCGAUCAUUAGUUUUAGGGUUCUUUGGUUGAAGAUGAUGGGGCGUUUCGCUCUUCUCCUUUUCCUGGCUUUCGCUUCAUUUCAGUGCCUCUGCUUCGCCGCCGAUGAUGACACGGUCUUUUAUGAAUCAUUUGACGAGCCGUUUGAUGGGCGAUGGAUCGUCUCUGAUAAAGAUGAUUAUAAAGGUGUAUGGAAGCAUUCAAAGAGUGAAGGGCAUGAUGAUUAUGGUCUUCUUGUGAGUGAGAAGGCGAGGAAGUAUGCGAUAGUGAAUGAGCUCGAUAAGCCUGUGAGUCUCAAGGAUGGAAGCACUGUGCUUCAGUUCGAGACUCGCCUCCAGAACGGGCUUGAGUGUGGUGGUGCAUAUUUGAAAUACCUUCGUCCUCAAGAGGCUGGAUGGAAGCCUAAGGAAUUCGACAAUGGAUCCCCUUACUCCAUCAUGUUUGGGCCCGACAAAUGUGGGGGCACAAACAAGGUGCACUUCAUCUUGAAGCACAAGAAUCCUAAAAGCGGGGAAUACGUUGAACAUCAUCUUAAAUAUCCACCUUCUGUUCCGUCCGACAAGCUUACUCAUGUGUACGCUGCUAUCUUGAAGCCUGACAAUGAAGUUAAAAUUCUGAUUGAUGGUGAGGAGAAAAAGAAGGCAAAUUUCCUCUCGGGUGAUGAUUUUGAGCCUCCACUUAUCCCUGCUAAGACAAUUCCCGAUCCAGAUGAUAAGAAACCCGAGGAUUGGGAUGAGAGAGCCAAAAUUCCAGAUCCCAGUGCUGUAAAGCCAGAUGAUUGGGAUGAGGAUGCACCCAUGGAAAUUGAAGAUGAGGAAGCUGUGAAACCGGAAGGAUGGUUGGAUGAUGAGCCUGAGGAGAUAGAUGAUCCCGAGGCAACCAAACCGGAAGAUUGGGAUGAUGAAGAAGAUGGUGAGUGGGAAGCCCCCAAAAUUGAUAACCCAAAGUGCGAGGCAGCCCCUGGUUGUGGUGAAUGGAAGAGACCAAUGAAGAUGAACCCGUCUUACAGGGGAAAAUGGUCUGCUCCUCUCAUCGAUAACCCCAAUUACAAGGGUAUUUGGAAGCCUCAGGAAAUUCCAAACCCCGACUACUUUGAGCUUGACAAGCCCGUCUUUGAGCCUAUUGCUGCUAUUGGUAUUGAGAUCUGGACAAUGCAAGAUGGCAUAUUGUUUGACAACAUUUUGAUCGCCAAAAACGAAAAGGUUGCCGAGACCUACAGGGAGACCGAAUGGAAACCCAAGUUUGAGGUUGAGAAAGAAAAGCAGAAGGUUGAGGAAGAAGCUGCCGACCCAGGUGGACUUUCAGGGUUCCAGAAGAAGGCCUUUGAUGUCCUAUACAAGGUUGCCGAUAUUCCUUUCUUGAGUGAAUACAAGCUUCAAAUCCUUGAUCUCAUUGAAAAGGCAGAGAAACAACCAAAUAUCACUAUUGGUGUGAUAGUCUCGAUUGCCGUGAUCAUCCUCACAGUUUUCUUAAAGCUCAUUUUCGGUGGCAAGAAGCAACCAAGAGUCGAGAAGAAACCAGAGGCCGCGGAGGCAUCAAACAACGAAUCCACCAGCGGAGAAAAGGCCGAAGAAGAAGAAGAGAGAGAAGAAAAUGCCGCUGCUCCACGCAGAAGGAGACGUGAGACUUGAGAGAAAUGGUCGUGAAAAGAGGUGAAUGGAGGUGAUCUGUUUUCACUUUGGGACAAAAUUUUGUGCUUUUUAGAAGUGGUUUGAAUAGAUGAAACAUUCUUGGUACUUGGGUGGGAUGUUUUUAGAAGAUUGUAUGAUUUGAAGAGACACAGUUUUCAUGUGUUUUUUUUUUUAAUCUUGGAUCUAAAACCAUCCCCAAUCCUAUGGGGGGGGGGGCGAAUGAAUGCUAGAACUUGUAGAAUUUUGUUAUAUUUACUCGUGACAGUGGGUGAACACACACUUGGAUCGGA